AUGUCAAGAUCUAUGACUAAAUGUAUAAGUAAUUAUUUUCCCUUUUUAUAGAUAAAAUCAUGUAUUAUCCACCAUUUAUUUAUUCUAAUUAAUAUUAGAUUUGCAAUUUAAAAGUUAUAUAGAUGAUUGAAGAGCCUCAUAAAAAUUAAAAUUACAAAUUCAAAUGA